UAACGUAAAAGAAGAGAUCAUUCAAAUGUAGAAGAAAUAAAAAACGGACAAAACAUUGGUAGCUGGAUUUAUUUAAGUUUAAAUUAAAGUAGAUCAUAAAAUUUUCACUACCUGCCCUCCCAACCCUGUUUCUUCUGUCUCUUUCUCCUCCUAUAAAACCAGUUUCAGAAUCACGCUUCACAUCUUAAAGCUUUCAUUUUUCUUAAAUCAACACAAAUCCCAAAAAAUCCUGACUCUGCCAAUCCAUUUGUCUCUCUGAUUCCAUCACUGGUUGAGGUCAGUCACUUUCUUUUACUACUUUCUUGCUCAUCAUUUUUUUUUUUUUUAAUUUUCACUUGUUUUGAACAAAAUUGUGCUUGUAGUUAAUAUUCAGACUGAUUUUCUUUUGAUUAUCUGGGAAAGCUCAGUGCUUCUUUUUCAGUUAUAGAAAUUAUGGGUUUGUUCCAGUAUAGUGGAGUCUUGUGUUUUUGUCUUCUUCUUUUGUUCAAAACUUGUAUUGCUGACUCUCAACAUAUUGGCAAGAUAUAUCCUGGGUUUGAGGCAUCCCACAGUGACUGGGUUGAUAAGAAUGGCCUAUUCCUGCGGUCUAACAGCUCAGUUUUCGCUUGUGGAUUUUACACUGGCUUGGAUGCUCAACUGUUUUUGCUUGUUGUCAUUCACAUUAGUAGUGCCAAAGUAGUUUGGACUGCUAAUAGAGCCAAAUUGGUUAAAGGAUCUGAGAAGUUUGUGUUUGGGAAGAAUGGGAAUGUUUAUUUGCAACUGGGAGAUGGUGUAGCUUGGUCCUCAAAUACCACUGGUCAGAAAGUUUCAUCCAUGGAAUUGCAGGACUCGGGCAAUUUGGUGUUGCUUGGAGAGGAUGGAACUGUUGUUUGGCAGAGUUAUAGCCAUCCCACUGAUACUCUUUUACCCGGCCAGGAGUUUUCGGAAGGAAUGAGACUUAAAAGUUUUCCCAACAGCAACAACAUGAGUGUUUUUCUUGAAAUAAAGUCUGGUGAUUUGGUGUUGUAUGCAGGCUAUCAGACUCCACAAACCUAUUGGUCCUUGGCAAAUGAUAGCCGAAAAACGAAUAGUAGUGUUGGUGGCAAGGUCCAUUCUGCAUAUCUGGAGUCCUAUGCAUGGAAUUUCUAUGAUCAGAAUAAGAAAUUGCUUUGGCAGUUCGUCUUCACCGAAAAUAAUAAUCCGAAUGCUACCUGGGCUGCCAUUUUAGGCUCAGAUGGGGCGAUUACGUUUUCUGAUCUUCACAAGGGAAAUCAAGUUGUUUCUGAGGCUAUCAAGAUACCACAGAAUUCUUGUGGCAAUCCUGAGCAUUGUGGCCUGUAUUAUGUGUGCUAUUUCGAGAAUUGGUGCCAGUGCCCUUCGUCUCUUCAAUCUUUCAAUUGCAAACCUCCAAUUUCUUCAACCUGUGAUGGCUCCAAUGAUUCAGCAGAGCUUUUAUUUGUUGGCGAGAAUCUUUAUUAUUUUGCACUUGUCUUUGUUAAACCCCUUUCAAAAUUCAAUGUUGAGGAUUGCAAAGAAGCUUGCCUUCAUAACUGCUCCUGCUCUGCACUGUUCUUUCAAAAUAGUACUCAAAAUUGCUAUCUAUUUGAUCAAAUAGGUACUUUUCAACGCUCUCAGCAGGGUUCGGCUGGUUAUAUUUCAUAUGUGAAGAUUGUGAGUGGAACCAGUGAUGGAAGUGGAAACAAGGGAAAGAAGACUCUAUUAAUUGUGUUCAUGGUUAUUGCAAGCAUAAUUGUGAUUGCUGUUCUACUUUAUCUGGGACUAUGGUACCGCAGAAAGAAGAAUUCAAUGAAUUUUUCUCAAGAAAACUUGGAAGAGGACACUUUCUUGGACAGUUUUUCUGGAAUGCCUAUUCGCUUCGGUUAUGAUGAUCUCAGUAAAGCAACUAGAAGCUUCUCUACAAAGGUUGGUCAAGGAGGGUUUGGCUCUGUUUAUCUAGGUGUGCUACCCGAUGGAACCCAGUUGGCUGUUAAAAAGUUGGAGGGUAUUGGCCAGGGGAAGAAGGAGUUUAGAGCUGAAGUAAGUAUAAUUGGGAAUAUACAUCAUGUCCAUCUGGUCAGGCUCAAAGGCUUCUGUUCUGAGGGGGCUCACAGGCUUCUUGUUUAUGAGUACAUGGCAAACAGGUCUUUGGAUAAAUGGAUCUUCAAGACUGACAAUGAAAGUCAAUUUUUGAGUUGGGAUACUAGAUUCAAUAUUGCAGUGGGUACUGCAAAGGGAUUAGCUUAUCUCCAUGAGGAAUGUGAAGUGAAGAUUGUCCACUGUGACAUAAAACCUGAAAAUGUUCUUCUUGAUGAUCAUUUCACUGCCAAAGUUUCAGAUUUUGGUCUGGCGAAGCUGAUGAACCGUGAAGAAAGCCUUGUAUAUACAACACUGAGGGGUACAAGGGGGUACCUUGCACCAGAAUGGAUAACAAACAAUCCUAUUUCUGAGAAGAGUGAUGUAUACAGCUAUGGCAUGGUCUUGCUUGAGAUCAUUGGCGGCAGGAAGUGCUUUGAGCUAGAGAAUGAUACCGAGAAAGCCCAUUUUCCUUCAUAUGCCUUCAAGAUGCUGGAAGAAGGAAAAGUAAGCGAAAUCCUUGAUCCAAGACUAGACGUCAAUGUAAACGAUGAGCAAGCUUUCACUGCAAUCAAAGUUGCAUUGUGGUGCAUACAAGAUGAGAUGCAUCUGAGACCGCCAAUGACUAAAGUCGUGCAAAUGCUUGAAGGGCUCUGUGUUGUACCUCAGCCACCUACCCCUUCUCAGUUGAAUUCUCGGGCAUACUCAGGUUGCUUCAAGUGGAACGAUGAUGGUAGUUCAUCUGGAAUACUUGGUGACAGUAGUGGCAUACUUAUGUCAGCUGUUCGACUAUCAGGUCCAAGAUAAUAGAAGCAAUGUAAUAUAGGAGACAUAUAUAUAGAUUUGUGAGCUUUCCAGUAUAACAAGGUUCUUUUUACUUCUCAGUAGCAUUUGAACCAUUAGACUUCCUUUGCUCAUUAAGCUUGUAAGUUAUAUCAAGUGAAAUCACUUAUGCCCCAAUGAAAUUUUAGUUUGUCAAUUUUGUGAAAAUUUC